AUAAACAAUCAGAUGAAAAACCAGCCAAGAAAAUCGAAUCAAUUCCAGCAAGACUCGUACAAAAGUUCAACUGUACGCUCGAUUCUUCAGCUAACCAAUCUCACCAUGGAUGACGAAGAGUACGAACGCUUCGAAAUCACGGAUUACGAUCUGGACAACGAGUUUAACCCGAACCGGAGCCGUCGGCGUCCUACGAAGCAUCAGCAAAUCUACGGCAUAUGGGCAGAUGACGAUUCCGAAAACGAUGGCGACGAAGGCACAUCUACCGGCGGCGGUCGACGCAGAGGACGCCAGGUCGGCAAGAAACCGAAGGACUACUCGGCUCCGAUUGGUUUCAUUGCCGGCGGUAUACAGCAGUCAGGCAAAAAGCCUGACCCGGCCAAGGAAGCGUCCGACGAGGACGGCGAGGGUGAUGAGGAUGACUCAAGACCACGGUUUGGUUCGAAGGGUAAACCGAGCGCCAGCAAUACCUCGUCCGAAUCGGAAGACGACAAACCUCCCGUGCAUGAUAUGCGAUCGAUGGCCGGUUUCCGCACGUUUAGCAACGCACCACCGCUAACAGCCAAGGGGGGUGGUAAAAACGUGGGGAACUGGGAGCAGCAUACGCGUGGCAUCGGUGCCAAACUUUUGCUCCAGAUGGGUUACCAACCGGGCAAAGGUUUGGGUAAAGAUUUGCAAGGUAUUUCUGCGCCGAUCGAGGCACACCUGCGAAAGGGCCGCGGUGCAAUCGGUGCGUACGGUCCGGAGAAAAAGACAGUCGUGGCGGAUGCAAAAUUGAAGCAAAAGCAGGAUGAAUCGAAAGCUUUACCGGCUGUCAGUGGAGGGGAGGACGACAGCGGACAGUGGCGCAAAGAUGGCAAGCAAGGUAAAUCGCGCUACUUUUAUAAAUCCGUUGAGGAUGUUAUUGAAAAGGGUAAGAAAUCAACCUUAUCGUACGCACCGUUUGAUAAAACAGCAUCGAAGCUAAGCCAGGUAACGGUUAUUGAUAUGACCGGGCCGGAAAAGCGUGUCCUUAGCGGCUAUCAUGCCCUCGGCCAAGCGAAGGUGAUGGACGAGGAGCUGUACGAGCCGGCACUGGCGGGAAGUAAAGCUCCGGCAAAAGAAAUUACCCACUUCGCCCUGCCCGAGUUGAUGCACAAUCUGAACCUGAUGGUGGAGUACUGCGAACAGGACAUAAUCGCAAUUGAUAAGCAAAAGUGUGAAGCCAAGGAUCGCGAAGAGCAACUGUUGCAUGAGAAGCAAAAUUUGAUCCGUAUUAGCGAGCUGGAGAAAGAUUAUCUUCAUACGCUGGAGGGAGCGCUUGAGCUGGUACGAACACUGGUCGAACCGGAGGGCGGAUCGAUCGAACUGGAAGAAUGUGAAAGAGUCUUCGUUCGCUUGUACGCCGAUUAUCCGGCCGAAUGUAAGGAGUUUGGUCUGCCGGAUCUAGCAGCAGGUGUAGUUGCUCCACUGAUUGCCGCCCGGCUAAAGGAAUGGACACCGUUCAGUGAACCGACGCGCCAUUUAGAUGUGUUUAAGCGUUGGAAAUCUAUUCUGACAUCUGCCAACACGGACAGCAACAGUAAUAGCCUACUCGAUCCCUACUCGGCCGUUGUAUGGACUGGGGUAGUACCCAGCAUUCGUGCGGCGGCAAACGAAUGGAAUCCACGCGUUCAUCAGCCAAUGAUAGCGUUGCUGGAUGCGUGGGCACCUCUUCUGCCAGCAUGGAUACUGGACAACGUACUGGAACAGAUCGUGCUGGUCAAACUAGCGGCGGCGGUUAUCGAGUGGGACCCACUGACCGAUACCGUUCCCAUACACUGCUGGAUUCACCCUUGGACGGAACUACUUGGUCCCAAAAUGGAAGGUAACGUUUAUCCAGCAAUUCGCGAGAAAUUAGCCCGUGCCCUCAAAGCCUGGCAUCCGGAGGAUCGUUCCGCCCGUGCUAUGCUAACACCGUGGAAGGGCGUUUUUGCCGAGGAAGAUCUGCAAUUGUUCCUAGCCAAAAACAUCAUACCCAAGCUGGAGCUAAGGCUUACCGAGCUGCUCAUCAAUCCGCUGCAGCAAGAUUUGGAAAUAUUCAACCAAGUGUGGGAAUGGAAUGAACUCAUCUCACCGCUACAGAUUGCUACCAUCCUUGACAAAUAUUUCUUCCCCAAGUGGAUCCAGACCCUCGUCAUCUGGCUCAACCAAUCGCCCAACUUUGAUCAAGUAUCGCGCUGGUAUCAGGGUUGGAAGGCACAGUUUACGGACGAUGUUGUACGGCAUCCGAACGUGAAGGAAUGUUUCCGCAAAGCGCUCGAACUGAUGCAACGUUCGAUUGGUGUAGCAGGUACAGCAUCAAACUCACCUCCGAUCAUGAUGGAACCGAUACCGCCACCACCAAAACCACCCAUUCCGAUGGAUAUUUCAAUAGACACGUCCAGCGCUCCAACGCUCGAGUUUAAGGAACUCGUUUCGCAAAAGUGUGCCGAACGUGGCAUUAUUUUUGCACCGAUGCCGGGACGCCGGGAACUCGGCAAGCAGGUGUAUCGCGUUGGGAAGCUGUUUUGCUACAUCGAUCGGUCGGUGUGCAUAAUCAGUCCGGAUGGGGGUGUUAGCUGGACGCCCUUAUCUUUAUCGGCGUUACUGGAACGGGCUGUCAGUGGAUAA